GUUUAGAUUGUUUUUUUUUUUUUUUUUUUUUUUUGUAGGUAGUCUCACCCUUGGCCACGAACGUCAAGUCAUUCACGUUUUAGUGCGCAACCACUCAACAUCUUAAAAAUAAAUCUUUUAAAAUCUAAGUAAUCUUCAAGUUUUUUAGGUGAAUCAUAGUGCGAAACGUGUUAUAAUGCCGAAACGUAAGCGUAAGCAUAAUGAUUAUGAUGAAAUUCGGCGCAAAAUAAAAAAGUUGGAGCGUGACUUGCACCAUGCCCGCGAUACGAGAAGUGCAGAAUCUAGGGACGAACGCGACCGUUACUAUGAAUACUCGGAUCGCUCGGAUGAAAACUCAAUUCGACACGAAUCGGAAAAUUCGUUGGACGGAGAUAUUUAUGGAGAUUUCCCAGAAUACCCACCAGAGGAAGAUCCCGUGGAGAUCAUAGAACCCGACGCCCCUACACGUGCAGUCGUGGGUAACGCUGCACCCAUCGCUACGCCCAUCGCUGGACCCGCCGCUAGGCCUAUCAAUACGCCUACCACCACGUCUACCGUUACGUCUACCGUAACGACAGCCGCUACACAUACCGCAGCGCAUGUCACGUGCCCCGCCGUAGCGACAGAUGCGCUUUGUGCCGUAAGUACUGGCGCGGAGGUACUGCAGAAGGAGAGCCCUACGGCGUUAGACAGCUCUGUACUGGAAAUCCUGGGCGAAGAUCCGUCUGAAAGUAUACAGUACGGAAGCGAGAUACGUAAAGAAUUAGCAAACAGGCUCGAACACAUCGCCACUACUGGCCUAUCAAAAGAAGUGCGCAAAGAAUUAUUAGAGGCCUAUCUUAUACCGGCAAACUGUACCAAGAUUGGCGCACCCCUGAUGAACGCGGAAAUUAAGGCUGCCGUUACCGACGUAAUAACCAAAAGGGACAAGGGCAUCGAAAUGCGACAAAAACAGCUAGCAUGUGCAAUUUCAGGGCUAGCAGGAGUAAUUAAUACAGAACUUGAGUCCAGUGAAAAGAACAAUGAGCGGCUGAAGCAACUCAUGGAUAUAGGCCGCAUUCUUUGCGACGUACAACAUAGCGAGUCAGUUACUAGACGUAACUUUGCCAUAUACUCUAUAAAAAAGGAUCUCAAGGAUCAUAUAACAAAUACCAAAAUCGACAAAUACCUGUUCGGCGAGGAACUGGCGGAAACUUUAAAGACUGCCAAAGCAGUAUCAAAAUCGGGCACUGAAUUAAAAGUGAAAAGCCAAGUUAGAAGCGUGAAACCAUUCACACCUACCAGCAAUUUAAACUGGAGAGCGCGGGCCCCAGCACGCAGGCAGCAGGGCCCUCAGCGAAACCGCGAGCCUGCUCAUCGCUCAUCGACGCCGGGUCCAUCUUCAAGACACACACGAACUCCGAGGCACGGCUACUCGUCCAAGACAUCGCAGCCUCCGCAGAGACAACAGCGGCGUCGUUAGACACGGUAAUGUACGCUGGCCAAUUGUCUAGGUUUCGUGCGCAGUGGGAGAUGCUAACCAAUGACCGAACAAUCCUAUCAUGGAUAACAGGCUACAAAAUAAAGUUCACGAGCCCAGUCGUUCAGCACCAGAUCCCCAGCGCAGUGCACUAUACCAACACGGAGAAAGCC